AUGGGACUGCCGUCCACGCGGGGAUGCGGACGAGGACGGGGCCCCAGCACCGCGGCCCUGGCCCGCGGCUGCCUCGGCUGCCUGCUGGCGGUCACCAUGGCGAACCUGGCGCUGGCCCGGCCCUCCAGUCUGGUCCAGGACACCACGCUGGAGCCGGAAGAGCCGCCCACCAAAUACCACAUCUCCCAGCCCGCCGUGUACGUGGCCGCGCCCGGGGAGGCGCUGGAGCUGCGCUGUGGGCUGGGCGCCGCCCGGAUCAGCUGGACCAAGGACGGGGUGCACGUGGGGCCCAGCAAUAGGACGGUGCUUAUUGGGGAGUACUUGCAGAUAAGGGGCGCCACGCCCCGGGACUCUGGCCUCUACGCCUGCACGGCGGCCAGGACGCAGGACAGCGAGACCGCCUACUUCAUGGUCAAUGUCACAGACGCCAUCUCCUCCGGGGACGACGAGGACGACGGAGACGGCUCCGAGGACUUUGUCAGUGAGAACAGCAACAAGCGAGCGCCCUACUGGACCAGCACCGAGAAGAUGGAGAAGCGGCUGCACGCGGUGCCCGCCGCCAACACCGUCAAGUUCCGCUGCCCGGCCGGCGGGAACCCCACGCCCACAAUGCGCUGGCUGAAGAACGGGAAGGAGUUCCGCCAGGAGCACCGCAUCGGGGGCUAUAAGGUCCGCAACCAGCACUGGAGCCUGAUCAUGGAGAGCGUGGUGCCGUCCGACAAGGGCAACUACACCUGCGUGGUGGAGAACGAGUGCGGCUCCAUCAACCACACCUACCACCUGGACGUCGUGGAGCGGUCCCCGCACCGGCCCAUCCUCCAGGCGGGGCUGCCCGCCAACGCCUCCACGGUGGUCGGGGGUGACGUGGAGUUUGUCUGCAAAGUGUACAGCGAUGCCCAGCCCCACAUCCAGUGGAUCAAGCACGUGGAGAAGAACGGCAGCAAGUACGGGCCCGACGGGCUGCCUUACCUCAAGGUCCUGAAGGCCGCCGGUGUUAACACCACGGACAAGGAGAUUGAGGUGCUCUAUAUUCGGAAUGUAACUUUUGAGGAUGCUGGGGAGUAUACGUGCUUGGCGGGUAACUCUAUCGGGAUCUCCUUUCACUCUGCAUGGUUGACAGUCCUGCCAGCUCCCGUGCGGGAGAAGGAGCUGCCCGCGGCCCCCGACUACCUGGAGAUCGCCAUCUACUGCAUCGGCGUGUUCCUCAUCGCCUGCAUGGUGGUGACGGUCGUCCUGUGCCGCAUGAAGGCCUCGGCCAAGAAGCCCGACUUCAGCAGCCCGCCCGCCGUGCACAAGCUCUCCAAGCGCAUCCCCCUGCGCAGACAGGUGUCGGCCGAGUCCAGCUCCUCCAUGAACUCCAACACGCCCCUGGUGCGGAUCACCACGCGCCUGUCCUCCGCGGCGGACACCCCCAUGCUGGCGGGCGUCUCGGAGUACGAGCUGCCCGAGGACCCCAAAUGGGAGUUCCCCAGAGACAAGCUGACGCUGGGCAAGCCCCUGGGGGAAGGCUGCUUCGGGCAAGUGGUCAUGGCCGAGGCCGUGGGCGUGGACAAGGACAAGCCCAAGGAGGCCGUCACCGUGGCUGUGAAGAUGCUGAAGGAUGACGCCACGGAGAAGGACCUCUCGGACCUGGUGUCGGAGAUGGAGAUGAUGAAGAUGAUCGGCAAGCACAAGAACAUCAUCAACCUGCUGGGCGCCUGCACGCAGGACGGGCCCCUGUACGUCAUCGUGGAGUACGCCGCCAAGGGCAACCUGCGGGAGUACCUGCGGGCGCGGCGGCCGCCCGGGAUGGAGUACUCCUACGACAUCAACCACGUGCCCGAGGAGCAGAUGACCUUCAAGGACCUGGUGUCCUGCACCUACCAGCUGGCCCGCGGCAUGGAGUACCUGGCCUCCCAGAAGUGCAUCCACCGGGACUUGGCGGCCAGAAACGUGCUGGUCACGGAGAACAACGUGAUGAAGAUCGCCGACUUCGGGCUGGCCAGAGACAUCAACAACAUCGACUACUACAAGAAGACCACCAACGGCCGGCUUCCCGUCAAGUGGAUGGCUCCGGAGGCCCUUUUCGACCGCGUGUACACCCAUCAGAGUGACGUCUGGUCCUUUGGGGUGCUGAUGUGGGAGAUCUUCACCCUCGGGGGCUCGCCCUACCCCGGGAUCCCCGUCGAGGAGCUGUUCAAGCUGCUGAAGGAGGGGCACAGGAUGGACAAGCCGGCCAACUGCACCAACGGGCUGUACAUGUUGAUGAGGGACUGCUGGCACGCGGCGCCCUCCCAGCGGCCGACCUUCAAGCAGCUGGUGGAGGACCUGGACCGGGUGCUCACGCUCACCACCAACGAGGAGUACCUGGACCUCAGCCAGCCCCUCGAGCAGUACUCGCCCAGCUACCCCGACACACGCAGCUCCUGCUCGUCCGGGGACGACUCCGUCUUCUCCCCGGACCCCCUGCCCUUCGAGCCGUGCCUCCCGCCGUUCCCGCACGUCAACGGCAGCGUGAACACCUGA